AUGGGCAGCUGUGUGAAAAUACGCGUGCAUCGGGGUUCGAGCCAUAGAAUACCAGACGGACGCUUCAAUAAUUCAGUCAUUAUACACCAUGGGGCGAGAUGGUCCAAGUGGUUAGAGUGCGAAUUGACUGACCGGUAUGUCUGUGGUUCGACCCCAACCUCUGCCUCUCGACUUCCCCUGUCUAGACUUGGGCAACCUGGCAAUAUCCCAGCCCUCGUGCAACCUUCAAGUGGCAUGGCAGUUAGGCACCGGAAGGGUGCUACAGCUGAACGAUACUACCAUGUCAAUGUGAUUGUGCGUAUGUAUAAACGAAGAGGCAUAUGUGAUUCCAGCAUUGUGUCAGUUUCAGAUUUCAUCUACAUUAAAACCACACUUCCAACUGGCCCCCGUGAGCAAUCGCAACGAAAAGGUCUCAUCGUCCUGUACGACAUGCGUGACACCAAGUACUCCAAUUUCGAUUAUUACCUGUGCAUCAAGCUACUCAAUUUAUUCAAGGGUUCCUACCCGGCCCGGUUGCGCAAGGUCAUCAUUAUCGAAGCUCCAUUCUGGUUCCGCGCACCUUUUGGCGUUCUGCGCUUGUUUGUAAAGGAGAAGAUGCGGGACCGAGGGACGAGAUGGCCCAAGUGGUUAGAGCGCGAAUUUACUGACCGGAAGUUCCGCCGUUCGAACCCGACUUCCGCCACUCGCAUUNCAUUCGAACCCGACUUCCGCCACUCGACUUCUCCUGUCUAG